AUGGUAGUUAUCGACCAUCAGGAGACUGAGGAUCUAAACCCCGAUCCCUCUAACGCUGAUACAAGUAACGACGCUUCUGAAGGCUUUGAAACCGCCAGUGACACCGAUCUCGGCAGCGACGUUGACGCCAAUGACGGCAGUACAAUCAAACAGGAAGAACGGGAACAUCUUCAGCAAAAGAACCAACAUACUGAGCAAGAUCAGGAGCAGGGUGAUCCUCAGAGAAUCAUUUCCUCUGACGAUGCUUUGAUCAACGAGGAGUAA